AAGCAUCGAAAAGAGUAAAAAACACAAGGAACGUGCUCUUGACAACUACUUUCUCUCUCUGAUUCUCCUCUCGCUCUCUCUACGGUGAACCAAAUUUAUUACAAAUUAAUUAGCAUCAUCGCCAUCAGAAAAAUUAGUUACAAAGGAGCAUAUAUGCACUCUUCUUUCAACCUUUAACUCUUUGGAUUUUUCUCUCUUUUUUUUUUCCUUGUCUUUUAUAUUCUUUGUUAUGAAGUUACUCGCUCCGGGUUCCAUUGCCUUUCGUUCUUCUUCGUUUUCAUGGAACACCCAUUCCUCUGGUGCUAGUGAGAAAUCUGGAGAAGAAGGUUUUGGUAAUAAGACGGGGUUCGAGGGUGUUGUUUAUCUUAAUGGGGAAAGGUGACGAUGGACGCUGCAUUUUUUCUCUUACGAGUUUGCAAAUUGGAGACUUGCAAUCUUAUUUUGCAGAUCUUAGCCUUUUCCUUGCAAAUGAUAGCAAAAAAAUGUAUAUUUUGGUUGACAAUAGACCAUGGUUGAGUGACCUUGGUUCACGGGGCAUACACAUUUGGCAAUUAAUGGUUACUAAGUCAAGGCUAUCUCCCUUUGCAUAUUCCAAAGCUAGAAGAGAGAGGAGUGAAGGCAAGGAAGUUUGUCCUCAAUCAAGCUCAAGCAAUUCAAAGAAACUUAUGAGAUGGUUCUCAUUGAUUGAAGCAUUGGUGUUAUCAAGGAAGAGAGUUUUGUUGCCUGUGAAAAACUUAAGGAAUUCUUUACAAUUGAGCAGUGAGCUGCAUAGAACCCUCUAUGGUUUUAUCAUAUUUGAAGUUGCAUGGUCUAGUGUUCGUGGUAUCAACUACUAUAAUGAGCUUCAGACGGAUACAUCACUGGCUAUAGAAGCUAAACUGAUGAAAAGAUGGGAAUUUGAUAGUAUUGCUCAAGCUGCAAGGUGCAUGUCUUCAUGGUUCUCAGGAACCCCUUCUGAACAGAUGCUUCUAAAAGAACACCUGGAUUCUGCCUCAGGUGGGGAAAUAUUUUAUGAUGCCAGUGAAGAUUUUUCUGGUGUUGUAUCUGUUGAUGAUGACAACGAGGACAAUGAUAAUGUCUGCAGAAAUGUCACUGUUGAAGAUAUGUUAGGUACCAAUGUUGCAGUAUAUUCUGAUGAUAUAGAAGACACAACAGAUAUGUUACACACACCUCCUCCUUCUGGACCUUAUAAGAGACGAAAAUUAAUGAAUUCCUUUAGUGCUGGAGUUGAAGCUGAUGGCUACUCUGCAGGUGAAAUUGAUGACUCAUUGGAUUAUUCUCAGACCUCUAGCUGCUUUUCUGAUGAUACAGCUGAAGUCACUCAAGAUGAUUCAGUUGAAACCACUCAAGAUGUUGCAGAUAAAGCAACACAAUAUAGGGAUGUUCUACUGUUAUUUAGGUUUGAUGAUCACGACCUCCCAUUUAAACUAAGGGAAGUCAUUAUAUCUGAUCUGCGAUUGCUUACUUUGUUGGAGGCUGGUCUUCCAUCUUGGGUCAUCUUCCUUCAGUCAUAUCCAGUGUUAUGCAAUCUUUAUCGUCCUUGGAUGUGCCCACUUGCAAGACUUUUAUAUGUUUUGAUAUCAUUUGUUACUGUUCUCAUUGGAUUCUAUGAUUUAUACAAAAAUGUUCCUGUUCUUAAGGCAACUGCAUCUCGUAUAUGUGGGCCUCUUUUUGAUUGGAUUGAAACUUGGGAGAUGGUUUCAAGGGUCAAAUACUUAGGGACAAUGCUGUUUCUACAUAACUUCCAAAAGGCUGUUAGGUGGUUUCUUGCCUUUUCACAUGCUACGAGGUCAUUCUUUUCAGUUCUUGUUCAACCUCUUGUAGAAUCACUGGUGGAGAUUUUUGGAUUUCUUCUCCCAAGCUUGAAGUUUUUGUUUGACAUAGCUGAAAGCAUCUUUUCUGUUAUUUGGCUAGUAGUUGAUACAUCUUUUGAUAUAGUGGGAAAUGUACUGGAGCUACUGUUUUCCCCUUUUUGGUUUGUCUUCAAUGUUGUUUGGAGCAUCGCUACAUGUAUCUUAUAUCCUUUAUUUUGGGUUCUCUGGGAAUUACUAUAUGCUCCUGUUCGUCUCAUCCUGAUGAUAUUCAGAUUUUUGCCCUCAACAUGUUUGUACAUUUUCAAUACACUUGGCAAGAUGUGGCAGUUUUUUAGCAGCAUUUUUCAGUUUGCAGCAACUUCUGAAGCUACAGUGACUGCCUCUGAAGUAUCCAUGUGGCGAACUCUUUGGAAUGAUCUUUUUUCCCAGAUUUUCCGUGCUCUCAAGAGCAUAGUCUAUGGGUUUGUUGCCUUCUUCACAGCCUGCAAUAGGCAUCGACUAAGCAUCUAUAAUCAUGUACAGGAGUUUAUCCGAAGACUAUAUCGUGCUUGCCAAAGAUCGCGGCAAGAUAACUCUGGAGAUCGUGGAAAAAAUGGUUUGACACUGAAGUUGGCGGAAGAAAAGAAGAACGUUUGAUUGUAUUUGACAACAAAUUUGACAUCUUUGACGAUCCUAACGUCAACACAACACGUCAUUUGGGUAAACUCAAUAGACUGCUGAUAGCAAUUUAAGAUUUUUUCCAUCGUAACAAAUUUUGAUUUUACCUUUUCUCCGAGUUUCUUUCCUACAUUUGUCUAUUUCUUGAUGAGUUUUACAGUACAAAUUACAUUAUGUACAUUAUGUACAGUACACUUGUAAAUUAUACUCAAUGUAUAUUUUUUUCUAUAUAAA